AUGGCAGCUGUCCCUCUAUCUCAGUUAUCUACAGUUCAUGUUCAAGAACUUAUGUGCUCAUAUGCAUCUUUAAUUUUGGCUGAUGAAGAUCUCCCAGUAACUAGUGAUCAUAUUAAGAAGUUGAUUACAGCUGCGGGUGCUACUGUUGAACCAUACUAUCCAGGAUUAUUUGCUCAAGCUUUAUCUACUGUAAGUGUCUCUGAUAUCGUCUCAAGUUGUGGAUCUGCAGCUACUGCAUCUCCAGGAGUUUGCCAAGCGGCUGCUUCAACAGGAGCUGCUGCACCUGUUGAAGUGAAAAAGGAGGAAUCAGAAGAAGAAGAGGAAGGUGACUUAGGUUUCUCAUUAUUUGACUAA